UUUGCGGUAUUUCACUUACUGGGUCAGCCUUCGCCUCCACAAUUUCUUCUCUUCUUCUUGUGAACCGGUUAACCGUGGACAACGUCAUGGUGUGGCAGUUGCAGCGAGUUAUGUCAUCAUGGGCGUUGGCACUGCUUCUAUUAGCGGUUGGUUCGCAAUAUUCGGAUGCAAGCAAACCGAAGAAACCCACGAAUAUUAUAUUCAUGAUGGCUGAUGAUCUGGGCUGGGGUGAUGUUGAAUACAACAACGGUACAGCACGAACUCCUCACUUGAACGAAAUGUCCACAGCAGCUGGAAGUCUUCGCUUGAACAGAUACUACAGCGGUGGUCCUGUGUGCUCUCCAACUCGUGGGACGGUGCUGACAGGACGCAAUCAUAAUCGCUAUUGCGUGUGGACUGCCAAUUCUGGCAACAACAAACCUGAUUUUGCUGUGGCUGAGCGCAUGCCAUUGCCAUCAUAUGAAUACACUAUUGCUACAGCUGCCAAGGCUGCGGGAUACUCAACAGCUAUGUUUGGAAAAUGGCAUCUCGGUGACUUCUUCCAGCUCCCCAAAAGCAAUCCAAAAUGGCCUAUCUCGCAUCCUGGAACGCAUGGCUUUGACGAGUGGAUGGCCACAGAGCGCUCUACUCCCACUGCUACUACGAACUGUGGAUGUUUCAAGCCAGACAAAUGCCAGAAUGGUCAUUGGCCAGACAAUGUUGCUUGUAACAACUACCGGGGUCAGAAUACACCUGCCUUGCACCUCAAUGAUGCUGGUGUUAUGUUUGGUGGUGCUACCCCAGUGACUAAUCUCAGCACACUUAUUCCUGGUGACGACAGUGAGUAUAUCGGAAAUGUCGCUGAGAGUUAUAUCCGCAGACAAGUCGCCAGUGGAAGUCCUUUCUUCCUCUACUUACCAUUCCACACAGUUCACAUCCGUUACAUCGCUGUGGAGCCAUAUAUCACAAUGUAUCGCAAGCUGGGGAACUUCAGUACCACGGAAAUUGACUACUUUGGAGCAAUAUCAGCGAUGGAUGCUCAGGUGGGCAGAAUACGUGCACUGCUCAGAGAACUUGCUAUCGAGAACAACACAUUGCUUUGGUUUGCAAGUGACAAUGGCCCAGAGAAUGGAACACCAGGCCAGACAAAUGGACUGCGUGGACGCAAGCGUGACCUGACCGAAGGUGGAAUUCGGGUCCCAGGGCUGCUGGAGUGGCCGGACAGAAUCAAUGAGCACCGGGUGGUGGAAACUCCUAUUGUGUCUAGUGAUCUUAUGCCUUCUUUCCUGGACCUGGUUGGAGAACACAUGCCAGACAAGCGUCCUGUGGAUGGUCGCUCAGCCCUGGACAUUAUUGAUGGUAUCUCCAUAAACCGCUCAUCACCCAUAGGAUUUGCAUACAAUGUCGGCGGCAGUUUCAACGGCACGUACAAUGUGGCUUGGGUUGAUAAUCAGUACAAGAUCUUUGGAACAGUCAAGAAGGGGAAAUUGGCAGAGACUUUCCUCUAUGACCUGACCAAGGACCUGGCAGAAGCAAAUGAUCUAUCUGCCAAGUAUCCUGAUAUUGCUGCACGGAUGAUAACUGACAUGGUGGCGUGGCUGGAGUCAGUGGAGAACAGUGCUAAGACUGAGAGUCAGUGUUACUCUGUCAAGUUGCAUCCAGAGGAUGUCAUGGAUGAGACUGAUGCUGACCUCCGCUUCCUCGAGUGAUGCGCACUCCACGAUCUGCACUACAUAACACUAAUCACUACAUUGGUGUUUUAUCCCGGGGGAACUCUCGCCGGUCACAGCAGAAGUCCAUCAUCAUGGUAUCUAAUAAAAAAGUAAAGUUAGCCGGAUUCGCGGCCGCAUCACCUGGCGUGUUGAGAAACACAUCAAGCACAUACAUUCGCAUCGGCGGGCCACCACUUCGCCCAUAAUAUCCUUAGUGUCGAAUGCAGACCUCACAAGUGAGUCAGGGGAGAGAGGAUAAGUCUCUCACCAAGCGGGCAUGUAAAGGCCCUAUAACCCCAUAAACCGCAUCCUUGUUACCCUCACACCGAGCAAGAAAAAAUAAUAUUGGUGAUGAUCAAAGCCCAAGGUUUCUUGAAGGGAAAGAACCAAGGAACUACAAGUUACGCUAACGUUUAACUACUGUCCACUAACACCACCAGUUACUAAACAAUCACCUUGGUCCUUUCUCUUUUGUAUAAAUUAAACCUUGGCUCUCCAUCCGAGUCCGUUUCUUGAAGGAGUUCAACUUUCUACCUGGCUAGA